GAUGUGUCCAUUUAAGACCAACUCUGCUAGGCACGGUUUUGUAGGUUAGUUCCGCGCUGGGGCUGUGAGGAAAGCUCCCUGCUAAGCAUUAACGCUGUACACAUGUGGACGCUGGAUUUCCUUCCCCAAAACGCUGCAUGCUGGAUUUUACUUUGUUUCCGGGUGCAAUUUAAGACUAUAAAGGGAGUGGGUCUUCAAGAGCUCAGAGAUCACUUUUCUUCUUCCUACGUGUUACUGUGAUAGCAGAGAUCAUCAGACAUGAAAGUGUCUCCUUCGCUGUAGUGCUGCUUUCAGUGACGCUGGGGGGAGAAAGGAGGAGGGGUAACCUCCUAGAAAACCGCUGUUGCAGCUGUGACCAGAGAAGGAGAGAGACAGACACAGGAGCGACUCAUCUCCGCACCAUCUAGUAACUCUUGAGCAAAGCUUUCCCCUCUUCCCUCAAAGGCCCUGCAUGGUAGGGACCUUCCAUGGGUGAAGAGGGCUGGAUAAGAUUCCUCUUGGAGCUCCUCAAAGACACUUCUUGUUUAGUGCCAGAAGUCCAUGUGGAAUGAACUGUACAAUGAACACUUAUCUCUUCAUCUACUACUUAAUCCAAUUCUGUGGACAUUCCUGGAUAUUUACAAAUAUGAUCAUCAGGUUCUUGUCAUUUGGGAAAGAUUCUCUGGCCGAUACCUUCUAUUCUAUAGGACUUGUAAUGCGCCUUUGUCAGUCGUUGUCCAUAUUAGAGCUCCUGCACAUCCUAGUUGGCAUUGAAGAAAACCGUUUUCUCCCAAGGUUUUUACAGAUAACUGAGAGAAUCAUCAUUUUAUUUGUUGUCAUCACCAGUCAAGAAGAAGUUCAAGGGAAAUAUAUUGUGUGCGUUUUAUUUUUCCUUUGGAAUUUACUGGAUGUGGUCAGAUACACUUACUGCAUGUUAUCAGUGUCCGGAACAUACUAUGGAGCUUUGACAUGGCUGAACUACACACUAUGGAUUCCAGUAUAUCCCCUGUCAGUUCUGGCUAAAGCAUUUGCCAUCUAUGAAUCACUGCCUUACUUUGAAUCCUUCGGCACAUACUCCACCAAGCUACCAUUUCCAGUUGCCUUAUCGAUCUACUUCCCGUACAUACUAAAGCUGUACCUGGCAAUGCUGUUUGUAGGUAUGUUCUUCAUCACUAGAUACCUCUGCUCAGAAAGGAAAGCUCACCUAGGAGCCAGCUACAUCAAAGAGAAAAGGAGCUAAGUUGAUAUCUUGUCUUGUAAUGAGGAAAAUGCUCUAGAACAUGCUAUGCUAACACAUUAUGUGGAAAUAAUUUAGACCAAGAUUUUCAGAAGUGCUUAGUGAUCUAAGGCGCUCCCAGUUGGGCGCAUAAGAAGUUCCCAAUUUACAAGGGCAGGUGCUCCACGCUUUCUGAAAAUGAGGCCCUUUAAGGCUUCUCACAUUGGGCACUCAAACGUAAGCACCUCAAAUCUCCCGUCACUUCUUAAAGUCUUGGCCUCAGAGAUUACUCUAGCUUUUUCUAACAUAAAAUGACAGGUUACAAAAUGUGGCAAAAAACGUCAAUCAUAUCAGCAUUUCCUAUAUUUUAAUAAUGGGUUCCCAUCGCAGCAGUAGCAUGGAUUCUGCAUUUUAUAUCAGUAAAAUGUCAAUGGUAUUUAGUUUUUAUCAUUAUCUCACCUGUUAGACUAUGUAAAACAGAUGUAUGAAUAUCAAAUUUGCUGGAACUGCAAUAGAUUAUAAAGCAGAAGCUGGUUGUUCUGCAUUUUGCCACAUUCACACAAAUACCAAUAGGUAAAACUGUUCACAGAAAACCCAUCCUCCUCCACUCGCCCCCCCACCCCAAUUCUUAAAGUAAAUGUAAGUGACAAAUGCAGUUACAGUGUCUAUUCACUACAAGUCCUAGAGGGCAUUUCACAUACAGAAGUAGAAGUUAUGAUUCUAAUAUAUUUCCAGUAGACACUAUUGACGGAUCUGUUUUUCUUAACUGUGACAUCCAGAUUACCUUGGAACUGAAGAAACAAGACAGACAGACGCUCACUCUUACUUAACUCAUCAAAGUAUGAUAUAGUCAGUCCAAGAAAUACUCUGCCUUUAAAAAUAAGAUAAUGGAUUUUAGAUACUGUAGGCCAAAUCCAAAUUGUCUCACACAUGAGAAUUGUCCCAUUCACGUCAGUGAGGUUACUUGUGCAACAAAAGUAAUUAGGAUUUGGUCCUAUGAGGUGGGGAACUACUUAUGAGAAGCAGCAAGAAAAUAGGAUACGUUUUCCUGGGGGACAAAUUACUUCUCCAACUGCACAAGCUACUCGGGAGAAAACCAUAGGCUGACUUGUUCCCCAUUGGUACUAUUCCCCACCACCCUUUGGGCUUGAAUAAAAGACAGAAAAAAUUAAGUGGACUAAAGAGUGAAAUGAAAACACUUCUAGUCAUGAAAAUUCUCUUACCUAUUUAAGCCUCUGAAAAGUGAAACCUAAGUAUGCCUUUGUCUUGAAACAACAUUUGAAUAACCAAUGAGUGAAGAGCAUCUCAAAUUGAUGAUUUAGUGGCUCUAGGACACGUCCACAGCCACACCAGGCAGCUCAGCUGUAUCUGAACUGCCCCUACCUGUGCUACCACGGCUACACUGCUAUUUAUGCUGGAACUAGCUUGAGUACGUGUACAUGAACAAAGGAAUCACACUCCUAGCUUGUACUGGAGACAUAGCCUUAGACAGGUAUAUUUGUUUGUUACCUGGGAAGAGUACACUAAAGUGGGUACCAUUAAAUACUUUGCUUUUGCAUCCAGGUAUUAUUGUGGUGUGCAUGCUAACAUACAGCACUUUUGGUCAGUAAAUCUCAACGCGCUUUACAAAAGAGGUAAAUAUUAUAGUAUUGCCUGUAUUUAGGAAAUAGAGCGAAUAUUGUUGUAACGUUAUUUAGUUACAAAAGCAAAUGUGAUGUUUUUAAAUAUGAUCAUGCUAUCUGUUGAAGGAGAGAUUUAUGUGAUCCGGGCAGGGGAGAAUUCCCUCCGUGCACGAGCUGAGGAAGACAGAGGACCCUCUUAAGAAUCCUGGGGUAGCAGCUGUGCCUGGUGUGGGAAGGGAGUAUCAGAGGCAGGGCUGCAGCAUGUUACCCAGCAGCGAUUCCAGACAGCACAGCUAGCUGUGGACAUGCUGCUGUAAUGUAGACAGCCCAGCUGAGGCUACUUUAGCCUCUGGACCAGUCCAGAUUCACCAGGGCAGAAAAGGUGGGUCAAAGUGAACUUAGCACACCCCUGCCACCCAUUCCGCAGGCUGGGAGCUCUGUGCUGUCUCUUAGAAGCACAGCCCAGAAUCUCACCUUAUAAAGCAUAUCCUGAAAGAGUAAAAUGAUGGUGGAUCCCUAACAUUUGUUGAAAAAUGCUGAUAUUUUCCAUUCUGUUCACAUGGUACAGUCUGGUCAAAAUUUUCAAUCUCAGGUUCCUAAAGUAAGAUGCCUUAAGUCUAUGUUUCGGCACCCUAACAAGGGGCUUAUUGUUCAGAUGAACUUUGCACCCACUCCACCAAAUGAAGAGGGAGUUGUAGGUAUUGACUGCUUUUGAGAAUCAAGCCAUUCUUAUAUAGGGACCUAAAUCUGAACUUAAGCCAACUUCAGGCAUUCAAAAAAUGAAAUUGUUUGCUGAAGUUUGUUGGCGUAAAAAGUUACUGAUCCACAGACCUACUGUAGUUGCUGAUGCUGGCAAAUGGUUUACCAUUUAAUUCACUGUUUUUACAUUGAACCACACUUAAAUGUAAAAUCCCACCACUAAUAUUGUAUUUCAAUUUGAUAAAUUCAUAUUUAAUUAAUGAAUAUUAUUUUAAUUUGUGCAAUUUAUUUACUUAUUUUAAUUUUGAAUGAUAGCAAACCUAUUUUAAAAAAAUCUUUGGGUGAAAAUACAGCAGUAACUACCAAACCUGAUUUAGCCGCACAUGGACACCUGGAGCAUGUAAAUGAUUUUCAGUUUUACAGUGUGUAUAUAUCAGUCAAUAUUGAUUCUGCACUAGCAAGGUGCUCAAAACUCAUACGUUUGCAGCUGCAGAAAAGUGUGUUCAGUUAAUCUCUUAAACUAUGCAAAGAAUUAACAGGCUAAUCUGAUUAAUCAUGAUCUAGAUCAGUGGUUCUCCAGCCAUGGCCUGCUUGUGGCCCAAUCAGCACACAACUGCGACCCCUAUGACAUCCUCAGGGCCAUAUGGGUGGUAUAUAUAUUGUGUGGAUGUGGUCCACAUAACACAGAGAGCUAUAUAGGCGGCCCACAACUGUCAACAGGUUGAGAACCACUGGUCUAGAUGGUUCUUAAGAAUUACUACUGGCAUGUUAAUGAUAAUACAAAGGCUACAUCUACCCUGUGACCUGGGGUGUGAUUCCCAGCUCUUGUACAUGUACUUACACUAGCUCUCAGCAAUAAGAAUGAGAACGGCAGCAUGGCUUAGCCAUACUGAGUACAAACUGACCUGAAACCCACAGGUACAUGUACACAGCAUAGUGGAACCAUGCCACCCUUACUUGCGCUGCCAUGGCUAUACUACUAUUUAUACUCGCACUAGCUCAAUGAGACCUCAUGUGAGUAUGUGUACUUGAGCUGGGAAUCACACCCCUAGCUCACAGUAUAGACACAGCCAAAAUGAAAACACGUCUUGAGAAGGCAUAUGUCUAUUGCAAUAUAAAGCAUACACAAGUACCGUACCGGAUUCUCACUGGUUAAAGGGUCUUGGUUAAGAGAACCAAAUAGCAGACAUAGAAGAUUUAUUCAUUCACUUCAGCUGUUAAGAAUACUAAACUGGGAAUAGUAAUAAAAGAAUAAAUAUACUACUGUGGCAUACUAUGAAGAUGAAUACUUGCCUGAGAAAACUACCAUAUCUAGGAUAGCUAAAUUACAUACUGCUCAGAUUGAGGUCACUGCAGUAGACACUAGGGACCAGUAUGGGAUUAGUUACUCAGUCAAUUACAGGCGGCAUUUACCCCAGUGCAGAGGGGGCUUCUUCAAGAACCUUAGCAUCAAUUACGCUUCUCUUUAAGCUCCAUCUUGUGUGGACCCUUGCAUUUCCCUAUUUAAGUUGGAGACAUAGGGAGCUAAAGUGUGAGACACGCAAAUGGGUUAAAGGGAAGAAGAGGGACCAGGCCGAAAUAAGAUUCAGAAAGGGGACUUAUAAAUGGGAGGGCACAAUGCCAGGAGGGUAACAUUAGAAAAAAGGAAGAGGGAAAUAAGAUUUCAGUAGCAGGAGAAAUGCAGGAGCUUAGAGGGAGGUGAAAAAAUGGGCUCCCCAGGAAGAGUAGAUCCAUAUGCUUGCUGGGAAAAAGAGAAGGAAAAGAGAAGAAGUCCUAUGUCCUCUCAGAGACAUUAAGAUGCUGAGGAGAGAACAGACCUGCCCUCUUCUUUUUAACAUGGCAAAGGUAGAAAAGACCUGCUGUCCUCUCUCCCCUCCCCCCCCCCGCCCCGAAACUUGAAGGUAUCUAUGGAGGUAGGGGAAGGGUAUUAUUGGAGUGGGAGAUUUGAGAAGAUGGAACAUUGUGUGUAAGGAAGAUGGGGUCUUCAUAGGUUUUGAAAAGCAUCCAAGCUUCUGGAAAAUUAUUCAGAUCCUAAUUUUCUGAGGCCCUGAAUUGGAAUAUUCAUGAUUAAAUUAACCUGAAAUUCAUCAAAAUGUACCUAGCAACACCCAGAUCCCACACUUACCUGGAUAAGUGUCCCUGGUAAAAUCGUUACAAGGUUGGUAACUAUGCUACUAUCACAAAAAUAGUGUUGUGGAUCGUAUAACAACAACAACAUUGGAUGAUGAAUGUUAUAAUAUGGAGGAAUCAUGUUAACAGAAAUUUUGUCAGUUGAAAUGAAAGCUAAUUAAAAAGCCAGAAUAAAGAAAUAUUGUGCUUUUUAAUAAAUACACCAUGUCAAACAA